AAUUGGGCAAUCGCGUAUUAAAUCGAUUGGCCGAGGCGUAUUCACCCCCCAAACUAGUCUCAGCUCAUUCCCAUUCGUCGAGCGAUUAUUUACCCGUACAAAAUCAAAUGCCAAACACGUCCACUGUCAUAAGUAUAAAUGCCGUAUCUCCGCUUUCCUGCCACGAUCCAAAUGGCCACAGCUUUCAGUCACCUUCGAAUGCCACCUGCACCUCAACCAAUUCGCCCGCUGCACGCUUGUCCCUGCCGCCGGACCUUCAAAGUGCACGCGCACGCAUCGAACUUCUGCUUAAUCAAAUCGAACGUAAGCAAACCGAAAUACGCACCGCGUGGCUGGAACUCUUGCAGAGCAUACGUGAAGCACGCGAACUGACACAUCUGGAAGAGGGUGUCGCCUUCGUUACAAAUUGGAUUCUACAGACUGCCGAACAGCUGCUCAGUCGCCAGUAUAGUAUUGGCGGUGAUGUGCACAGCUGCGAGACGCUGCGUACCGCACACGAUGCACUCGAGCUGGAGUGCCGCGAAACGUAUGGCUUCUAUGCGGAAUUGCUGUAUAAAAUCGAUGCAUUCGCCGGGUUCAAGGAUACAUACGCCUAUAAGGAUUUGUUGUCGCAGCGUGAUUUCAUGCAAUUUGUUUGCCGCUCGUUUGCUACACGGCUUGAGCGGCGUCGGAAUGUGCUCAUCACAUCGUUGCGGUUUUUUCGACUCGUCAGUGAGUAUUUCGAUCGGACGACUGCGGUUUUCGAAACACUAGUCAUGGGUAAUAAGAUAGCAGAGGAGAAUUUCGAGAUGGCAGCGGAGAAUUUGCAGCAAUUGAAGGAGAGCCAAAUGAGUUUAGGUAAGUUGUUAAGAAGGGGAAUUGAGGUUGAGUGGUGAAGUGCGGUUAAAGAUAAAUAUUCACAUACAGGUACGAAUCACAAAUGAGUACAUAUGAGUAUUUAUAUGUAUGUAUGUAUGUUACUGCUUAACCAAUAAUACAGGUGA